AUAUUCGUGGAACAUCGUCUGGAUCCCCAAACUUAAAAAAAAAAAAAAAAACACUGAAAAUUGGACUCUCAGCUUUCUCAGUCUCUCUCUCACUUUCUGUUGAGCCGGCGAUUCAGCAACUGAAGUCCAACUCAGUGAGUGAUGGGUGGCGAGUUACGAUACGAGAUCGCACAGAAUGCCUACAUAAAGCUGGUGCUGCACGCUCUCAAGCACAAGAGCUCCGCCGUCAACGCCGUCCUCCUCGGCCGCGUCUCCUCCCAAAACGACGCCGUCGAGAUAACGGACUCCGUCCCUCUCUUCCACUCCCAAAUCGGCCUCCUUCCCCAGCUCGAGAUCUCCCUCAUCCUGAUAGAGGAGCACUAUGCUGCUAAAGGAGUGAGCAUUGUGGGCUAUUUUCAUGCCAACGAAAGGUUUGACGAUCACGAGCUCGGCGGCAUUGCCAAGAACAUCGGAGAUCACAUCUAUCGCUACCUUCCUCAAGCGGCAAUUCUUUUGUUAGACAACAGGAAGCUUGAAGCUUUGACAAGAACUAAGGACCGGAGCCCCGUAAUGCAGCUUUACACGAAGGAUGCAUCUAGGAUUUGGAAGUUAAUCGGCUCUGAUGGAAAUCAGUUAACCAUCAAGGAGCCAUCAGCAAAUGUUGUUCUACUGGAUUAUGUCUCCACUGAAAAAUGGCAGGAUGUUGUAGAUUUUGAUGAUCACCUUGAUGACAUUAGCAAGGAUUGGCUGAACCCAGAACUGUUCAAGUAAACUUUGCAUAGCUGUCAGCAUAUGUGCUACUCUUCAAAUAUUACAAAUGGCUUCAUGCUCAACUCAGUUUCUCAUGCUGGGUUUCAGAUGACAAGGGAUGACUUAUCAGAGAAAUCAGACAGAUUGACCGUAAUCUUGGUUUAUUGUUUGUAAGAAACUUUCGAGAUGUAAACAACCGGAUUUCAGUUAUCUUCUCGUAUACUUUAAUGUUUGAUACUAAAGAGUUUCAGUAUGUUCUUUUCUUGAUCACUUGAAAUGGAGUUUAUGUUUGUAGAAUCGGAACAAAAUGUUAUUUUUGAGCCUAAUGUUAUAUUUUCUUUGUAUCAAA